GUCCACACUCCAGACUUGUAGCAUGACAACCAUGGACGGCCCCAAAACUACGACCACAGAACCUGUCUCCCCGCAGCCUACGCGGCCAACCGAGUCUGUGACACUAGCAGUCCCUCCAGCGUCGUUCGGUGCAGUAGGACCGAGAUUGAAAGAAUUUGAUCAAACUACGAAGAGCGCCGCAUCGUCUGCUGCCCCUACACCUCCUCGUUCCGUGGUGGGCAUCGGAAAUAAAGUUGCUAAGCCUGAUUAUUCUGAGGCUAAGAUUGUGCUCGCUAUGGUGGGCCUACCUGCGCGAGGGAAGUCAUAUCUCAGUAACAAGUUGAUGAGGUACCUGAAGUGGCUAGAAUAUGACGUCAAGGUGUUCAAUGUUGGCCAACUUCGGCGCUCCCGGGCUCGCCAAAAGCAACGGCAGAGUGGCAUACAUGAAGAUCAUACUGCGAGCUACUUCAGCCACGAGAAUGCGGAAGCUACGAAGAUUAGAGAUCAGCUCGCGCGAGACAGCCUGGAAAUGCUGAUUCAAUGGCUGAAGGACGGUGGAAAUGUUGGAAUCCAUGAUGCAACCAACAGCACCCGGGAUAGAAGAGCGCAGAUAUCGGAACGGGUAUCUUCCGAGAAAGGCAUGAGCGUGAUAUUCCUGGAGAGCGUCUGCAACGAUCCGGCGGUCAUCGCUGCAAAUGUAGCCUUGAAGGUUACUUCGGGAGAUCCAGACUACAAGGACAUGUCACGCGAGGAAGCCAAAGCCGACUUUCUUCGUCGGAUCAAGCAGUAUGAAGCGAUCUAUGAGACUAUCACUGAGCCGCAUCUCAGCUAUCUGAGGAUCACGGACGUGGGCGAUCAGGUCACCGUAUGCAGGAUACACGGUUAUCUACAGAGUCGCAUUGCUUUCUAUCUGAUGAACUUGCACCUCAAGCCACGCAGCAUAUUCUUCUCUCGCCAUGGAGAAAGUCAGUUCAAUGUAGAAGGAAAGAUUGGCGGAGACGCUCCACUCUCCAAGAGAGGCAUGCAGUACGCCGAUGCUUUGCCGGCACUUAUUCGCGACAACAUCGGCGAUGCUCCUUUGACUGUGUGGACUUCUACUCUGACGCGGACUAUACAAACGGCUGCCCAGCUGCCUUACACCAAGCUCACGUGGAAGUCGCUGGAUGAGCUUGACGCCGGGGUAUGUGACGGCAUGACAUACGAGCAAAUUGAGGAAGCUUACCCGGAAGAUUAUGCGAACCGCGAUGAGGAUAAAUUCAACUAUCGUUACAGAGGCGGGGAGUCAUACCGUGACGUUGUCGUCCGUCUGGAACCAGUCAUCAUGGAGCUAGAACGACAAGAGAACAUCCUUAUAAUCGGUCACCAGGCUAUUUUGCGUUGCUUAUACGCAUAUUUCCACAACCUUCCACAUGCCGAUCUCCCUUAUAUUAAGAUACCUUUGCACACUGUUAUAAAGCUGACACCUAAAGCAUACGGUUGUGAUGAAGAGAGAUAUACCCUACCAAUCGGUGCCGUGGACACCCAUCGACCGAAACCCGGAACGGCCCAUCACCACCAACUUCCUCCCUCGCACUCGGCACGAGAAUACUACGGGGAACAGAAGUAGAAGGUUAAUUCCAUACAUGAUCAUGCCAUACAUUAUCGAAUGUCUUCCUGCAAAGGGGCAAUUGCAGCUGCCAAAAUGUACUACAUAGAAUACAACUAUAUCUCAUGCGUAAUUGAUGGCUGUUCGGUUUUAAAUACUAUCACUCGUUCUGCUUUCCGAGACCGCUCAAAUCGCGGGUACCAUUCUCGACAGCAACCCCCAAGAAGUCUAUCGCAUCUAUCCGAGUUUGCUCUUGGUCACCUUGGUUAGAGACAACAAAGAUCUGUAAGCUGGUAACUGACUGAAAACGCACAAAGCGCAGUGGGAUAGGGACACCAUUCGAAACUUGUUCCUCCGUUAACUCUAGAAUCUGAGCAACUUCAGGCUCUUCCGCAUCCUCAACGUCCUCGAACGUCACGUCAGCUUUAUUGACGAGGAGCUUGAUCUUCUUCGGUCCUUGCGGCGCGGUCUGGCAUCGGAGGACCAGGAAUUUGACUUUGACCGUUUGAUGGAA